GACAAUCUUAGGGUAACUUAACCUAACCUUACCAUGAUUCUUUUUCCUCCUCCCGCCAAUCACACCCUCCAUGAUUGUCCACCUCAUCUCGUCCGACUCCGGCUGCGAUUUAUCGCCGCUCUCCGCUCCCUCCAUUGAUCCGCUUUCUCUGCCUGAGUCCCCCACCCACCAACUCUCCCAUUCCGAAAUAUAAAGAUUCUUCCUCCGUCCGACUCUCCUCUCUCUCUCUUUCUUUCUCUUUCCUCUUCACUCCACCUGCAAACCAUCCUCCAUCCACUAUAUUAGUUCAUACUCUGUCGUAUCCGCGACAGUUUUAUCGGGUGCUUCCUUGUCUUAUACCUGACCCUCCCACACCUUUUUUUUUCUCUUGAUUGAGGAGAAAAAAGACCCGACCGCAAACUCUUCAACUUAUAUCGCCGGUCCCAGCACCCAACCAACCACCAUGUCCAACCUUCCUCACGAGCCCGAGUUCGAGCAGGCCUACAAGGAGCUUGCCUCGACCCUCGAGAACUCCACUCUCUUCCAGAAGAACCCCGAGUACCGCAAGGCUCUCGCCGUUGUCUCCGUCCCCGAGCGUGUGAUCCAGUUCCGCGUCGUCUGGGAGGAUGACAAGGGACACGUCCAGGUCAACCGCGGUUACCGUGUCCAGUUCAACUCCGCCCUGGGCCCCUACAAGGGUGGUCUCCGUUUCCACCCCACCGUCAACCUGUCCAUCCUGAAGUUCCUCGGUUUCGAGCAGAUCUUCAAGAAUGCCCUGACCGGCCUGAACAUGGGCGGUGGCAAGGGUGGCUCCGACUUCGACCCCAAGGGCAAGUCCGACAGCGAGAUCCGUCGCUUCUGUGUCUCCUUCAUGACCGAGCUGUCCCGCCACAUCGGUGCCGACACCGACGUUCCCGCUGGUGACAUCGGUGUCACCGGUCGCGAGGUCGGCUUCCUGUUCGGCCAGUACCGCAAGAUGCGCAACUCCUGGGAGGGUGUCCUCACCGGCAAGGGUGGCACCUGGGGUGGCAGUCUGAUCCGCCCCGAGGCCACCGGCUACGGUGUCGUCUACUACGUCGACCACAUGAUCAAGCACGUCUCCGGCGGCCAGCAGUCUUUCCUCGGCAAGCGCGUUGCCGUCUCCGGCUCCGGUAACGUCGCUCAGUACGCCGCCCUCAAGGUCAUCGAGCUGGGCGGUACCGUCGUCUCGCUGUCCGACAGCCAGGGCUCCCUGAUCACCAUCGGCGACACCGGCUUCACCCCCGCCGAGAUCAACACCAUCGCCGACCUCAAGGUUGAGCGCAAGCAGCUCUCCUCCAUCGUCAGCUCCCCCGAGUUCGUCAACAAGUUCCGCUACAUCCCCAACGCCCGCCCCUGGACCCACGUCGGCAAGGUCGACGUCGCCCUGCCCUCUGCCACCCAGAACGAGGUCUCCGGCGAGGAGGCCCAGGUCCUCAUCGACAACGGCUGCAAGUUCAUCGCCGAGGGCUCCAACAUGGGCUGCACCCAGGAGGCCAUCGACGUCUUCGAGGCUCACCGCGAGGCCAACCCCGGCACCGCUGCCAUCUGGUACGCCCCCGGCAAGGCCGCCAACGCCGGUGGUGUCGCCGUCUCCGGUCUGGAGAUGGCCCAGAACUCGGCCCGCAUCAACUGGUCCGCCCAGGAGGUCGACUCGCGCCUGAAGGGCAUCAUGGAUUCGUGCUUCAAGAACGGUCUCGACACCGCCCGCGAGUACGCCACCCCCAAGGAGGGCAUCCUGCCGUCCCUGGUCACCGGUAGCAACAUCGCUGGUUUCACCAAGGUCGCUGCGGCCAUGAAGGACCACGGUGACUGGUGGUAAAUCCCUUCGUCCCUUUUAAUAUGAUAUGAUACCAUGGGAUGUCGCGGGGUUUUUGGUUUACGAUUACGAUUUUUCUUUUUUUAUGACGUUAUUUCCCAAGCGCGGUUGUGCAACGAUAGAGGCGCCGGAUGUUUUAUUUUGUUACUCCUGACGGAUUUCGGCCUGUGGCCUUGAACAUAGCUAGCAAAAAUAUAUUAUUCAUAAUAACUUCUUCC